GCACACCUGUGAGAGGAACUGCGCGAGGUUGUGUGAGUGCGCGCGCACAGGAGAGGCGAGUCGUGAUAACAGGUGUCUGUGCGAAACAAACUUAAAGUCGGACGCUUUAAAGGGAAUCCGAAUGAAAGUCUACAGAAUGGAUUGAAUUGUUUUACUCGACAUUAUUUCCCAGGACGCAGCUUUCCUGAGACGCAGAGGACUGAACACACUUGAGCGUUUCUGAUGAGUUUAUGUUGCAGCGGUCUGACUGGAAACUGGCGACUUUAUUUUGGUCUCCACUACUGCAGACUCUUCGAAACCUGCGGGGAAUAUAGAACUGAUAAAACAUUCAUUUAAAAAUCUGGAUUAUCAAGUUUCAGUACCACGUAGUUUUCUUUUUCCCCCAAUGGCGUAUGUGUUUGUGUGAAAUACUCCUUGACACCUGAGAUUUCGUGUUAGGAGGAAAAUCCAAGUGGACUAUGGCAGUGUUGAGUUGUUUGAGGAUUUUACUUAUCUGGAAUUUGUUGGUCUGUGUAAAUGGAGGAGAGUUUGUGAAACCCCCAAGCUCAACUGUGUAUACGUUAGCAGAAGAAGAUGUGGUUCUGCCUUGCAAGUUCCAGCCAUCAGUAGCAGAGGUGAUCGUUCAGGUUAUCUGGAUACACGUUAAGUCAGAUGGGACCGAAGAGCAGAUCAUAACUGCUCAUCAUCAGGAUGGACAGCUAGAAUCUCCUGCUUAUGUAGGCCGCGUGCGCUUUGAAGACAGCAACCCCAUGAUAAACUCCGCUCUGAUUAUCCUGAACACAGGGCUUUCAGAUGAGGGACGCUAUACCUGUACCAUUGCUACAUACCCUAGUGGAAACGUAAAGACUCAAGUGUCUCUUACUGUGUGGACUAAACCCAUCUCCACAUUGGACCCUUUUAUUCUAGUGGAGGGACAGUCGUUUCGAAUGGCUGCCACGUGCCGUGCAAUGGCCAAGCCUCAGCCGGGUCUCUCGUGGGAUACAGAUCUGCCAGGCCAGAGCCAGAACCGUAGUCUGGACAAUGGUGUCAGCUCCAUCCAGUACUCCCUUCACCCUCUGAGGAGUAUGAAUGGACGCAAGCUGGACUGUCUGGUCUGGCACCCGUCUCUAAAAAGUCCACGGAGACUCCCCAAUCACCUUGUAGUGCACUAUCCUCCAGAUGCAACAAUCUCAGGUUAUGAUGAGAAUUGGUAUAUGGGUCUGGAGGGUGCUCAACUACAGUGUGACGGUGGAGGAAACCCCAAACCACAAAACUUCACCUGGACCAGGAAAGAUGGCGGCUUACCAGAUGGCGUGACCGUGGAGAAGGAAAUAUUGCGGUUUGACCGGCCUCUUAGAUUAACAGACAAGGGAGUGUACGAAUGUGUCGCCACCAAUGUUGUGGGGUCUGGGAAAGUGGACAUAGCAAUAGAAGUAACAGAGGAACCAAAAAAUCCGACAUCAUUCGACAGCCUCCUGCUGAUCAUCAUUGGAGGAGUUGCAGGGGCGCUGGUGCUUAUUCUAGUGAUUGUAGUAAUAACAGUAAACCGAUAUCACAAACGAAAAAACAGACAACUGGUUAUGGAGCUGGAUGUGAAAAAGGAAGAAAUUAGCACUCUUUCCAGACAGGCCUCGAUCAGAAGAGUUGUAUCAACCAGCAUAGAUACUAAAUACCAGAUGGAAGAGAACAUACCAUUACGAGUUGAAGGAACAUUACGGCAUAGUCUCACUUCAUUGGACCAUGCCCGCUCUCGAGACAGUCAUUCUACUUUAGGAGGAUUAGACUCUCUGGGUCGACCUGCCAUUUAUAACACAUCCAGACGUGGCAGGGAACGAACGAUGGACCGAGAGAAAGAUGGAGAGAUGGUUCCUAGUGGACUGAAAAUGCAGCCUUACACCAGGAACAGCGAUGCAUUGCUGCUGCAUCCAGACGGUCACUUCCAUCCUCCUCUACAGCCUUCCACUUUUCCGAUGGAGCACACUGCUGAAAUUAUCAGGUCUCGGAACGGUAGCGCCAUUCUACCAGCAGAUGGCAGACCGCAAUCAGGAGGAGGCAGCAUAACUGGCAGCAGAGCAGGCAGCAAAGGGCAUCAUUCACCCUUGAAUUCAACCUACCCAGUACUUACAGAUGACGAAGACCUGAGGCCAGUUGAUGAAGGGUCAGAGUUUUCCAGGGGCCAAAUAGAACCUGAUGGUAUGGAUAACGGAGGAAGCGAGACUGCAAGCUCGCAAAUAUCCGAGGCGAUGUCGAAUCACUUCGAGCAUACUAACGGUACUCUAUGGCCUAAGUCGAAACCCAACAACAUAAUACUAGCACCAGAGACCACUCGAUUUAACUCUGUCCACUCAAACAUGAUUCAUCACCCACCUCAGAUAGUGUAGCUCUCAGACUUCAGCACUGGGCACCAUCUAUGAGCCACGACAGAGUGGCUGGCAUUGAUACGUUUUGGAUUCUGGGAGACCUUGGAGAGAUACUGAGAUUGAAGCUUUGGCAAGUGAAAUCUCUCACCUGAAUGUUUCAGAUCAAAACUAGGUGACAUACUCUAGUGUACUACUUCUACAAACGGUCAUUGCAAUGUUAGCAAUUCAUGCUGGCAAUUUAUAAUCUGUAAAAAAAAAAAAUCUAUUUUUAUAUGGCAUGUACUUUGAGUGGUAUUAAGUGUGGGACUGACUUUCUCUGACUGCAUGUAUCAAAUGCACACACGCUUUUGGUGUGGAUGAGUAUUAUAAUGCAACAUUUUCAAUGAGCGAGACAGAAAAGCUGUGACUGUGAAAUAAUGCCGUGACCGAGAGAAUGAACUGUGUCCUCCUGUUCUUCUUGCCAUGCAGUUGUAACCGUGUUUGCAGCACCAGCCUGGAGGAUUAAACCUCUGUUUACCUGGGAACUUUUCUUUCUAACACUGCUGACUUACAAUGGCAUGACCUGUGAGCUAUGUCUUCUUAUUACUGUAUAUAAAAGUCUCAGUAUAUGCUGACAUGAAGUAUUAUUAACUGUAUUUGUAAAUGCUUCGUGCGAAUGGCUUUUCUAGUUCAUCAUUGUACUGGAUUAAGCUAUGGGCAUCACUUUUGUUUAUGGUUUAGGCCUUAAAGGUGUGCUUUGAGCAAAAAUAUUACAACAUGUAAAGUAGUGGUUCUCAAACUGGGAGCCAUCAGAUAGAGCCAUGGGGGCCACAUAGCAAUUAUUUUUUUUCGAUUCAUUUUACUUGUAUUUAAGUUGGGAUUGUCAACCUGUGGACUAUGAUCUUCAUAAAAAUUUGAAAUAUUAAUAAAUUAAAUCACUGAUACAGAGCACAUUAAACUGAAGCAUCACCAAACAGAGACAUCUGUUGAUAUACUAGUGUACAGUACAGUACCACAUGUUGAUAAAACCUAAGACUAUUUAAAAUUGAUAAAUUUGUAGAUAGAAGAUGUAGUCUCUUAGCUGAGAAAGUUAAUAUAGAGUCUAGCAUGGGGGCGGGACAAAAUUGUGAAAAUUUAAUGACACUCGGGGGCCACAAAGGGAUUCACCCUACACAAGGGGGGUCUUACACUGGAAAAGUUUGAGAACCACUGAUGUAAAGGCUUAACCUCUUACACUCUAAGGAACCAUGAACAGUUCCUCACUUCCACUCCUCACUCUUAUAAUGCAAUAUUAGCCUAAUCAUUAUGCAUGUAGUUGCUGGACGAUAUGCCAUAGGGUUCAGGGAUGUAAAGGAUGGGAAUGCUGAGGCCAAUUACUUUAAUAAAUUAUAAAGCUUUAAAAAAAAAAAAAAAAAAAAGUAUUCAAUGCAUUAUCCCUGUAAAUGAGGACAAGCUUUACCUGCCGUUUACAAAUGUGUAUAAUUUUUUUUAGUCUGUGUUGGAUACAGUUUGUGAAAGUGUUAUAACCUGUUGCUUGUACAUAUGUUAUUUCUGUGCUGCUGCAUAGUGCUUGCCAUUUGGGAAAUGGUGCUUGGUACAGUAUAUGUGCUUAUAAAUGUAAAAUAAUAUGCAGUGUAAUUUGA